AUGGUGAACCGAAGCCCCGUCAGCGACCGCGUGCUACAGGCGAUUGUGGCUAUACAGAGGGCCAGGCGAGUGGCUGGAGAAGGCGCCAGGGGAGGCCAGGGAGGUAUAAGGGGUGUAGAGAGUCAGCAAAGUCAAGCAAGUCAACGGAGCCUUGGUGGAGGGGCGGAUGGGAGGGUGCGUGGCAGGGGGGGGUCGCUGAAGGAGGUGGUGGCGGAGGUGGCGGGGGGCCUGGAGAAGCGCGAGGUGGAGGAGCUUAUGACGGAGCUGCAGCGACGCCACGACUGGAAGGCCACCCUCGAGGUGUUUGCGUGGAGCCAGCAGCAGGCGUGGUUCCGCCCCAACAUGCGCCUCUACAACGCGCUCAUGGGCUUCCUCGCGAGGGAGCAGCAGGCGCAUGCCGCUACGCUGCUCUUCCAGGACAUGCUGCUGUCGCGCGCGCGCCCCAACCACUUCACGUACACCGCGCUCAUCAACGCGUACGGCCGCGCCGGGUGGUUCGAGGAUGCCCUCGCUGUCUUCGAGCACAUGAAGACGUGCGACGACGACGACUGCCGGCCCAACACAGUGACGUGUAACGCGCUGAUUGGUGCGCUGUGCAAGGGGGGCAUGUAUGACGAGGCGGUGGAGGUGUUCAUGGACAUGCGUGCGGGGGCGGGCGGCCUGCCACUCAACUGCAGGCCCAAUAUAGUGACAUACAACACGCUCAUCGACACCUUGUGCCGGGAAGGCCAGCUCGAUGCCGCUCUGCAGGUGCUGGAGGACCUGUCAUCGGGCGUGCUGGACGCGCAAGUGGCGCCCAACAUAGUGACAUUCAACACCAUCAUCAACGCGUGUGGCAAGGCGGGCCGCGCCCCCGACGCCGAGGCCACGCUGCAGGCCAUGGAGCGCACCGCCAUGGCGCCAGACGGCAUCACGUUCACCGCGCUCGUCGACGCGUACGGCCGCACGGGCGACGUGGACCGCGCUGAGGAGGCGUUUCAGCGCAUGCUGCAGGCGGGCAUCGCCCCAGACGUGUUCUCCUACACGGCGCUCAUGGCUGCGUUUGGCCGCGCUGGGCUGUCCGACCGUGUCACGGAGACGCUGGCUGCCAUGCAGCGUGCAGGCGUGCCGCCCAACGAGGUGACGUUUCUCACCGUGCUGGACGCCCACGGCAAAGCGGGUAACUACGAGGAGGCUGAGGCCACGCUCGCCGCCAUGGUUACGUGCGGUUACCGCCCGUCGGUGUACAGCUGGAGCUGCUUGAUUGACGCGUUUGGGAAGGCGGGGCUGUAUGCCAAGGCAGCAGGGGCGUUUGAACGCAUGCAGGCCGAGGGGUGCCGCCCGAACCUGAUCACGUAUGCAGCCAUUUUGUCUGCUUGUGCGCGGUGCGAGAAGUGGGAAGAUGCGCUGGAGCUGCUGUACUGCCUGCAGAGGACUGGCGGCGAAUGGGAAGUCGCCAUGUGUCGCCUCGUGAUGGCAGGCCCAGAGGAGGAAGGAGUCGAGUGUGCGAGCGAGGAGGAGGUGGUGGAGGGACUGGCAGUGCCGGUGGCCAUGCGUCGCUCCUUCUACAACGCCCUGGCCGACGUGCUCUGGAGCUUCGGCAUGCGGCGCCGCGCUGCCCGCGUGGUGGCGCUGGGCCGGGGCCUGGGCGUGUACGGCGGGGCUGAUGACCUGCACAAGGAGGCGCGCGGUGCACGCCGGGGGGGCGCGGGGCGCAGGGAGAGCAGCAGCAGCGGCAGUGAGAGUGAGAGUGGUACUGGGAGUGGGAGUGGGAGUGGGAGUGGGAGUGGGAGUGGGAGUGGGAGUGGGAGUGGGAGUGGGAGUGGGAGUGGGAGUGGCAAGCAGAGGGGUGGGGGGGGCGGCAGGGGCGGGGGCAUGUGGAGGGAGGAGGGCGUGUGGAGUGUGGACCUGCACGAGCACUCCAUUGGCUCCGCCUGUGCCUUCCUCUUCCUCUGGCUCCGCGACCUGCGCACCGCCUGGCAGUGGCACAAUGAGAUCCCGGAGGCCAUCGAUAUAGUCACGGGGUGGGGGCGCCACAGCAAGCGCAAGGACGCCACGUCAGACAAGCCAGCACAGGUGGCGCCCCUCAAGGCAGCGAUCCUGAGGGAGCUGCACCUCAUGCACUCGCCCUUCCAGGAACUUUCUGUCAAUGCCGGUCGUCUUGUGGCGGGCGGGUGGGCGGCAUACUCGUGGCUGUUGCAGGAGGAGAUGGAGGAGCGGCUGCAGCUCAGGGAUGCGCCCCAGCCCGUGCCUCCUGGGGACAAACCGUACCAACCACUGCAACAGACUCAGUAG